CAACAAUGAUUAGCUAAUUAAUCAAAUGGCCGGCACAGCUACUACUAUCCAUCAUAGCCGGCUCUCUCUCUUUAGAUUAAAAAAAAAAGCCAUUUUUGAACUCUCUGCCUUUGAAACCAAAACCAAUAUGUUAAGCCUUUUUUCUCUUCAAUAAAUUUGUUAAAGAUGGUUGGAAACUACAAGAAAAAUUACUCAAUGGACAAAAAGGAGAUAGUUAGAUUAAUUAGUACAACAGUUGAUAGUUUCAUUAAAGAUAGAUUAAUCAACAAACAAGAGAGAAUUCAACACAAGGAAGAUUGUUUAGAGAGAUUAGCAGCUGAAGAUGUUAGCUCUUUCGGGGACGAAAACAAAGAGGAGGUUGUUAUUAGGUACUCUGAUCAAGCUGUUUUGGCGAAUUUGGAUUGGGGUAUUGAGGCCUUAGAAGAAGCCAUAGCUACAUCCAACAUGGAAACAAAGCUCGCACGUUUGGACUAUGCUGAGAAGAUGUUACACGUGUGUGCUAUGUUGAAUUCGGAUCAAAAAACUGCUGGUGUUCCUAACUUUUACCUCUCUGCUUGGUCUCAUCUAAAUUUAGCUUACUUGUGGAAAUUAAGGAGUAACAACAAUGUUACUAAUUGUGUUCUUCAUGUUCUUGAGAUGUUUAUAGUUGAUCCAUUCUUUUCGCGAAUUGAUUUUGCUCCCGAGCUUUGGAAGGAGUUGUUUCUUCCUCAUAUGGGGUCAAUUUUCGGUUGGUAUUGUGAGGAGAGGCAGAGAUUACUUGUCAUGGAAGUUAUCCCUAAUGAUUAUUCUAAUGUGUCUUUUACUAUUGAUUUGGAAGAGUUGUUUAAUGAGUCUUUGAUUGGUUCUUUGAGGCCUGAUCAAGUUGAGAAAUUGAAGAAAUUGGAAGAGGUUUUCGGUGAGUCAUUGGAUGAAAGUACUAAACUUUAUGCUAAGUAUUUUAAGGAUUGUAUGAAGUUUGAAGAUGAUGAUGAUUAUGAUGAUGAUGAUAACAAGAAAAUGAUUCCAAUGUUUCCUAUUGCUGAACCACCAAUGACUCCUUUGCAUGAACUCAGUCAUUCCAUUCCUGAUUUUGUUAAAUUUGGUCCAAUCUUGCCUAGAAGUGCUGGUUUUGCUCCAUUCCUUAAAUCAAAAAAUGCUAUAAGAAACUCAACAAGGGGUCCAAUGAUAAUGAAUGAAACAUCAAAAGUCUCACAGAAUUUGGAGGAGUCUCUUAGAUGGGUUCCAAAGGAAGAAUUGCCUGAAGAAAAUGAAGAUGAUUAUGAUUAUGAGCAAGAUGAAAUUGUUAAUGUUAAUGUUGAUUCUAAUGACAAAACCCGAAAAUUUGCUUCCACUAGCAACAACAAAGAAAAUGAACAAAAAACAAAACCAUCUAAGAUGAAAACUCCAUUAUAUUCUCCAACAGUGUUUUCUCCUCCUAAAACUUCUCCAAAACCAGAUGUGAAGAGUGAAUUCCCUUCUCUGUUGCGCCUCAAAUCCAGUCGUUUCAUCGAUUCGAACAUAGCCACUUCUCCACCUAUAAGUAAUGAUUAUAGCAUUAGCUCAGAAUCUGAUGGUGAAGUAAUGGAGGUUCUUUCACAAGGUUCAAACCAAAAGUGUAGUCAAAAUCGAAGUUUCGAAAAUCUUAACAAUCAAUUGUUCAAGAAUAGCUCACUAAGUGAUGAAAAUGAGGCAAGCCAUAGCUGCAAUUCACUUCCAUUAUCAGAGAAAUCAACUCCAACUACACCAAGACCACCAAAGGAUUUUGUGUGUCCCAUCACAGGUCAAAUAUUUUGUGACCCGGUUACACUCGAAACAGGUCAAACAUAUGAGAGAAAAGCAAUUCAAGAAUGGCUUAAAAGAGGAAACACAACAUGUCCCAUUACAAGACAACCUUUGUCUGCAACUACAUUGCCUAAAACCAACUAUGUCUUAAAAAGACUUAUAAAUUCUUGGAAAGAAGGACUCCCUCGCGAAUUUCUUUCCCCGAGAGAUACCUCAUUAGCCUCUACUCCACGCGGUGGAGGAGCAUUUGAUGAGCUUGUUAACCAAAGAAACAGAAGAUUUACACGAGCUGCAGCAGCGACGGCUGCUGCAGCAUCGCCAACAAGUGUGAUAUCUCAAGCCGAAGUUGAAAAGAUUAUCAAUGGUUUAAAACCUUAUGUUAUGUGUCUAUGCACUAGUGAAAACUUACAAGAGUGUGAAUCUGCAGUGUUAGCAAUAUCAAGAUUGUGGAAAGAAUCAAAGGGUGAUCUUGAAGUUCAUUCUUGUUUAUCCGAACCAACUAUUGUAAACGGUUUUGUUGAAAUACUCUCUGCUUCUCUCAACAGAGAAGUGUUGAGAAUUUCAAUCUACAUUCUUUCUGAGUUGAUAUCUUCCAAUGAAAAUGUUGGAGAAAUUCUUACUAGUGUUGAUUCUGAUCUUGAUUGCUUAGCUUCUUUAUUAAAGAAUGGAUUAGCUGAGGCUGCAGUUUUGAUAUACCAACUUAGGCCAACUUCAUCUCAACUUUCAAUUCAUGAACUUGUACCUUCCAUUGUUCAAAUAAUCAUCAACAAAAUUGAGGAGUUAGACGAUGAUCUUCAAUUCAUUAUGGACACCAAAGUUGCUGCUAUAGCAAUUCUUGAACAGAUUUUGGUUGGAGGAGAUGAAAACAACAAGUCCAUCAAUGCAUUGAGUGUUAUAUCUGCAAAUGGGAUUCCUUCUUUAGUUAAAUAUUUGAGUAAGGUAGAAGGAAGAAGAUCGAUUGUAUCGAUACUUUUGUGUUGUAUGCAAGCUGAAAAGAGUUGCAGGAGUUUUAUAGCAAGUAGAAUUGAAUUGUGUCAUGUUCUUGAAUUAUUUCAUGUUGGGAAUGAUUCUGUUAAAGGCAUAUGUGUUGGAUUUCUCUCUGAGCUUGUUAAAUUGAAUAGGAGAACAUUAUCAAAUCAAGUAUUGCAGACAAUUAAAGAUACAGGAGCAUUUAGUUCCAUGCAUACAUUUCUUGUUUACCUUCAAAUGGCUCCUAUGGAGAAUCAACCUGCCAUAGCUAGUCUUCUACUUCAGCUUGAUCUUCUGGUUGAACCAAGAAAGAUGAGCAUUUAUAGGGAAGAAGCUAUAGAAGUAUUGAUUGAAGCACUAAGAAGGAAAGAGUUCUCUAAUUCUCAAAGUAUGGCGAUAGACGCCUUGACAUCUCUUAUCGGGCGAAUUACAUCAUCUGGGGAUUCAUAUAUUGAAGCUUGGUUGCUCCAAAUUGCUGGAUUUGAUCAACCUUAUAAUGCUUUGAUGAAAUUAGAACAUAUGAAAAACAAUGAGAGAGAUUUCAUGGAAACAAUGGAAGAAGAGAAAGCUAUAAGUUGUUGGGAGAAAAGGGUUGCUUUUGUACUUUGUAACCAUGAGAAAGGUUCAAUCUUUAAAGCAUUAGAAGAAUGUUUAAAGAGUAGCUCCUUAGAAAUGGCAAAGUCAUGUCUUGUGAUUGUCACAUGGCUCACAUACAUGCUCUCUUCAAUCCCUGAAACCGGUGUGAAAACCAUUGCUCGAAAGGCUUUGCUCGACGAAUUCAUAAAUGUUCUUCAAUCAUCUAAGAAUAUGGAAGAGAAGAUUUUGGCUACACUAGCUUUGAAAACCUUCAUUAGUGAUCCAGAUGCAACUAGAGCAUUGGGAGUGUAUGCUAAAUCCAUCUACAAGACAUUGAGAAAGCUUAAGAGGAAUUCUAUGGUGGUAAAUGAUAUAAUGAAAGCAUUGAUGAAACUCCCAUCUGUUGAUGCAACAGAGUUGUGGAGUUGUACUGAACUAGUUGAAUUAGACUCAAGUUCAAAUGGAGAAGUCUUGUCCUUGAUUCAUCUAAAAGGCCGAGUUUUAAGCAGUCAUUCUGAUGGAACUAUAAAGGUGUGGGAUGUUGGGAAGAGGGUAAUGAGGCUAAUUCAAGAGGUUCGCGAGCACACAAAGGCGGUGACAUGCCUCUAUGCUUCAUCUUCCGGUGAUAAACUAUACAGCGGUUCUUUAGACAAAACGAUUCGGGUAUGGACAGUAAAACCAGAAGAAAUCCAUUGCAUACAAGUUCAUGAUAUGAAAGAAGCAGUACAUAACUUAACAGCCAACACUAAACUAGUGUGCUAUAUUUCCCAAGGGAGUGGAGUCAAGGUUUAUGAUUGGUCUGGGACACCAAAGCAUAUAAACUUUAACAAGUAUGUGAAAUGCCUUGCAAUGAUAGGGAAUAAAGUAUAUUGUGGUUGUUCUGGUUACAACAUUCAGGAGGUGGAUUUAUGUUCAUAUACAUCAAACACAUUCUAUUCUGGUACAAGAAAAUUGUUAGGGAAACAAUACAUAUAUUCCCUUCAAAUUCAUGAUGGUGUUCUCUUUGCUGGUGGUUCAUUAGUUGAUGGAACUGCAGGAAAGAUAUUCUUGUUGUCAUCAAAGGCAAUUAUAGGAUCAUUUCCAAGUGGAUUUGAUAUCCAAGGAAUAUCCAUAAACAAUGAUUUUAUAUUUACAGCCUCUAAAUGUGGAAACAUUGAUAUUUGGAUUAAAGAGAGAUAUACAAGAAUUGCUUCCAUUAAAAUGAGUUGUGGAGGAGGACACACCAAAUUUACUUCUUUGACCUCAGAUACACUUGGAGAAAUGUUAUAUGCAGCCUCAUCUGAUGGAAAAAUUCAGGUUUGGGAUUUAGACUAGUCUUGUUUUUAUGCAACAAUGGUCAAAAUCUAUUCUCUCCAUUAAUUUGUUAUGUAAAUUUUUCACUUAAUACAUUUCAUUCUACUUUCUUAUGUAAAAUUUUCACAUUUUCUUGUAAUAUUAAUUUUUGAUUAUCGAGAAGGUAAUUUUUUUUUCUCUAUGAACUAAAAAUAAUAAAACCAGAAUAUCCAGGCCUUAUAUAUAUUAUUUUCCUGUGUCUUAAUUUAUAUAUGGAAUUAGUGAGAUAAUAUUUAAUUCAGCAGUCUAUAAUCUUGCUUCCUGUAGUAUUUUAAUUGUUUCCCAUUACUUUUGUCGUUUUUCCCAAUAAUUGUCGUUUUUAUUGAUUCAUGUCGUUUUGUUGAUUAUUGUCGUUUAUUGUGGAUAGUUAUUGUCGUUUUAUUGAUUAUUCACGUUUUUUUAAGUUUAUGUCGUUUUCUACAAAAUCCUGUCGUUUUUUAAUUAAUCGUUCAUUUUUUUAUUAAUGUCGUUUAUUAUGGUUAGUUAUUGUCGUUUUAUUGAUUAUUCACGUUUUUGUAAGUUUAUGUCGUUUUCUACAAAUUGUUGUCGUUUUUUAUUGAUUCAUGUCGUUUUUCAUUAAUCGUUGUCGUUUUUUUAUUAUUGUCGUUUUAUUAAUUAUUCACGUUUUUUAAGUUUCUGUCGUUUUCUACAAAUUAUUGUCGUUGUUUAUUGAUUCAUGUCGUUUUUUAUUAAUCGUUGUCGUUUUUUCUUAUUGUCGUUUAUUAUGGUUAGUUAUUGUCGUUUUAUUGAUUAUUCGCAUUUUUUAAGUUUAUGUCGUUUUUUAAAUUAUUGUCGUUUAUUAUGGUUUUUUUUUUUGAGAAAUUUUCGUUUAUUAUGGUUAGUUCUUGUCGUUUUAUUGAUUAUAAGUUUUUUAAAGUUUAGGUCGUUUCGUCGUCUUAUUGAUUAUUCUCUUUUUUUAUGUUUAUGUCGUUUUUAUUUAUCAUUGUCGUUUGAGUUUUUCCCAAAUCCAAAUUCUUUUUCGCUGCUUUCCUCUAAUCUAUUAUGUCGUUUCCUCCCUUUUAAACAACUCUGUGUUGUCGUUUUACUCUACCAAUAAAAUAUUCUCUCUUUUAGCCAACUACUCAUUGUCGUUUUCCAAAACAACAUCGGUCAUUUUCAUGCCGUUUUCUCACACUGAACUCAGUUUCACGAUUUUGUCCACACUAACAAAUAAUUAACUAGUUGACACGUGUCACUAUCUUACUUUUUCCUAACGGAGAACAACAAAUCAAAUUCCGGCACGUGUCUUUCCCACUCUCUCAGUACGGACAUAAUUACAUUUUAGCCCCUGGAAAUGAGGACAUCGUGUGGAUCGCAUGUCACCACAAAUUGGUAAAAUAGCAAAAAAAUAAAAAAAAAUAAAUAAAUAAUUGAAUUAUUAUUUAAUAAAUAAAAAAUAAAUUAAAAAAAAAAGGAGAGAAGAGAAAAACUCCAUAGCUAACGAUUCUUCGAGCUCAAUCUUCAAGCUCAUGGAUUUGUAGUAUCUCAGCUAAUCGAAGAAGAUGAAUUCGAUGUGAAUUCUUCAAAAACCCUAACACAACACUAUGGAAACUCUUCCGUACUCGAUCGGCGUUGGCAAGUACUACAACAACAACAACUCCCUAUUACUGAGUCGUAAAGGGAGAAACCGAGUCAACUCGUCCAAACCUAUCGUAUUCCGACAAGCACUGUGUUUUUCCUCUAUACGAUUCAAGAAUUUUCCUUCUUCUAAGCUCAAUUUUUCUAAUCUUCGUUGCUCUGUCGUUGCCGCGGAUCACCAUCAUCACGAGGAAGAUCGUGAUCAUGACCUUAACCAUCAUCAUCACCACCAUUGCGGCGAUUGCGGCGGUGGUAGUUCUGAGCUGACGGAAGCUCAGAAAGCGGUUAUUAGAUUCGCUAAGGCUGUGAAAUGGACUGACCUGGCUAAUUUCUUGAGGGAACACUUGUAUAUGUGUUGCGGUUCUACAGGUUUGCUUCUUGCAGCUGCUGUGUGUCCUCACUUGCUUCCCAAGACGGUUGUGAAGCCUUUGCAGAAUGCUUUCAUUCUCGUUGCUUUUCCUCUCGUUGGGGUAAAAAUUUAAAUUUUGAGUAGCAAGAUUUUGUAGUUCAACUCAUAACAUGCUUGAAUUGACUAACAUAUCAUUGAAAGUUCACAAAUUUUUUAUUUGGUCUUGCAUAAUUGUAUCAUCUGUAACGUUUAUAUCAACUGUAAUUUUUCGUUUGACUGUUAUAAAUCUAUUGGAAUGUUGUUAUAAAUGGAAAUUUAAGCUGUGGUAAUCUGCUAUAUCA